AUGGAGUAUCUACCUAGUCUCCAACAAGAGUUCGAUGAGCAGAAGCCAUCACUCUUCGAACUUCUUGCUGAACAACAACUCUCCGAUCUCCUCCCGCCAUCCCUCCGCUACCUUCUUGCCGUUGCGACUCACCGCCACCCUCGGUAUCUGCUCCGCAUUCUCAACUCCUACGAUGAGGUCUACGCACUUCUAUCACUGGUAGUCGAGCGCUACUAUCUUCGCACUUUUGGCGGAUCCUUCACCGAGAACUUCUACUCCUUGAAGCGUGAGCGCGUCCUUCGCACGAAGAAUGGCGAGAUUCCGCGCGCUCAGGUUGGUGCGGCUGGUCCUGUGCGCGACACCUUGAAGUUGCACUCUACGGACAUUUGGAAGAAUCUCAUUGUCAUGGUCGGCAUUCCCUAUUUGAAACGCAAGCUGGAUGAAGGUUACGAUAUCCAUGCUGCACCACAGGCGUCUCUCGUCUUGGGCGGCGGACCCCGAUAUAACCCCAGCGACGACCUCCCACGUAACGCAACUAUUCGCCAACGCAUCUUCCACUAUUACAAAUGGUUCUUAAGAAACAUAUAUCCUUCCGUGAACGCGGCCUACUAUUUCUCAAUUCUGGCUUUCAAUCUAGCCUAUCUCUUCGAUAAUACCAAAUACUCCUCUCCAUUCCUAUGGCUAAUCGGCACACGCAUUCGCCGCCUUGGAGCUGCAGACCAUCGCGCGAUUGCCGCCGUGCUCGACUCCAAGCCCGCCGCUGCGGCCACUCGUCACCGGCGUCCUGGCUCCAGCCUGAUGGGCCUAUUGAGCCCGCAAAACUUAUACCCACAACUCCUGACCUCUCUCCGCUACUUCCUGCCUGCGUCAAUCUUUGCCCUCAAGUUCCUCGAAUGGUGGCACGCAAGUGACUUCUCACGGCAACUGGCUCGGAAAGCGACCGAAGUUCUCGAUCUCCCGGCACCCGUAGUCUCGGGACUGACCAGCCCGGCAGACCGACGCAAGGCCGGACAAGAGGAGGAGAAAAAACAAACAGAGCAAGAGAAAAAGGCGUCAGGGGAUCUCAAAUCGGCACUUAAGUCGCCCCGGCGCCAUCGACCGCCAAUCUCUGCGACUUCCUACCUUCCCAUUCUCACCGUGCCUUUACCCCCAGCCGAGACAUCGAGCGCAAACCUCUGCCCGGUGUGUCUGAAUACACUGGUCAACCCAACCGCCUGCCAGACAGGCUAUGUGUUCUGCUAUGUCUGUAUAUUCCACUGGCUGAACGGUGAGCAUCAGCGCCAGAUCGAUUUCAUGAAUGGCGAAGGUGCCGGUGCGCCUUGGGAAGAGGAUGAGAUCACCGGUGACGAUGAGCCUGGGCGAAAUGGGUCAGAGGAGAGCGAGUCUGGAGAUCGUACAUCGCGCGCUCGGGGAGGAAAGUGGGAAAGUGGCAAGGGAAGAUGUCCUGUGACUGGGAGAAGAGUCUUGGGUGGUACAGAUGGCCUUCGCAGGGUUUUGAUCUAA